AUGUCAAAAAGUCAGAUAAAACGAUUAGCUGAACAAGAAGAAUUGGCUAGACAAGAGGAAAACGAUGAAAUUGAAACAGAAGAACCAGUUCGAAGAGGACCCGCCAAUCGAUUCGCAUUUUUUGGUAAACCCUCUCUCAAAUUCAAAUUAGCUUUUCAUAAUACCUUUAAUUCAGAUGACGAAAAUGAUAAUGAUGACAAUGAUCAAGAUGUAAUUGAAGAUUUACAAAGUGUUCCAGAAAGCUCGAGAAAAAAAUAAGAAAAAGCGAAAAAAUAAGAAGAAUAAGGAAAAAGAUGAAGAUAAUUUGACAGAUGAACAACUUCUUGAUAAAAUGAUGGAAUUGGUAAAUUAUUUUUAAUGAGAUUUUUGCUAAUUUGCGGUUUUGCAGAACAAUAAAAAAUCGUCUGGAAAUUCAAUCAAAAAAGGAAUUCCUGAAAAUCUUUUCGGCGAAGACAAUGAAAAUUUGCUUGAAGUUCCGGCAGUUGAAAAUCUAAUGAAAAUUGAUCCGAAAAUGUUUGAUCCAUCUGCUGAAUUGAAAAAGUUGUUGGGUAAAGCAUUUUCUGGAACAGGAGCAACUAGUGGUGGAAAUUCAAAUUCACGCAAUUCAAAAUGGAAACCAACCGGAAGAAUUGUGAAAAUGAAAGCAAAUUGGCCGCCAAUUAAAAAUAUUGGGUUGACAAUGGUUCAAGAUGGAAAUGAUAAUGAUAUUAAAUGGUUCAAAUUUGUUCAUAAUUCGAAAUACGAAGGACUAGAGAGGUUUGCAUCAUUUCAGUUCAAAUUUAUAAUUGAUUUGCAUUAAAUUUUAGAAUGUUCUGGCUUGGUGAAGAUACAAUGAAUAUUGGAAUAGUUCAAGAAAUUCUUCAAGAUUCUUGGUAUCAUUUGAAUUCACUUUUAAUGCUUGCAAAUAUGUAUAGAAUGCAAGAAGAUGUUACUCAAUCAGCUGAUACAAUUGAAAGAGGAAUAUUUCAUUGUGAACAAAUGUUUGCUUCACAAUUUCAACCAUUUUCUUGGAAACAUCGAAUUAAUUACUUGGAUUAUGAAAAUCGUGCAUUUUAUUUGCUUCUUUAUCGACAUAUGAUGAAUGCAAGUCAUAAAAGAUGUUUCGAAACUGCUCUUAACACUGCCAAAUUCAUUUUCAAAAUGGAUCCACAGAGUAUGUCAUUUUUGUCUUGUUUCAGAAGCUCAUAUGUUUGAGAGAGUUUGAAAACUAGCAACUUCUUAAUUUUCUCGAACACUUCCAGCUAGUUUAGGCAAUAAAAAUGAACGUACAUGAUUCUUGAGUCAAGAAUCUUGUCGUAUAAUCUUUCUAAUGUGAUUUUUAUAUUUCAGGAGAUCCGUUGGCUAUUCUUGCUUUGAUUGAUAGUCUUUCUAUAAAAGCUCGUCAAUAUACAUGGUUUCUUCAAUUCUAUGAAUCUGCUCUUGAAUGGAAAAAUUUGAUGUAUCUUCCAAAUAUGAAAUAUUCUCUUGCAUUGGCCAAAUUCCAUCUUGCAAAAACCGAUUUACAAAAAGAAGGCGCCAGUGAUGCGGUAUGUUAUUUAUUAUAUUAAUAGUUUUUUCAAUGUUAGAAAAGAAACACAAUUUUCAGUUAGCAACGGCAAUUCGACAUUUUCCAUCAGUUGUCACUGAAAUAUUGGAUGAGCUUCAAAUUCAUCCAGAUUCUCUUAUAAUGAAUCAUGAAUAUUUCUCAAGUUUUGCCGCAAAUCGAGAACCAGAUGGUUUGAAACAAUUGACUAAGAUUUAUGUUAAACAAACAGCUGAAUUAUGGAAAACUCCAGAAAUUUUGGAAUGGUUGGAAACUGUUACUCGAAAAGUUGCACAAGGUCCGAAAGAUGAAUUGAAAUUAUGGAAAGAAAGGUUUGUUGAUACCGAGUUUCGAUAAUUAAUUGAAUAUAUAAGUAGAUACAAUGUUGCUUUACCAAGUCGGGGAUAAGCGCUCCUACUUAAUUUCAAGUUUUCAUGCCCACUCACAUAAAAAUGAAAAAAAAAACUCACAGAUUUUUCAUUUUCCGCAAUUUUUGAACUCAAAUUUAGGAAGAAUAGUCUGAUUGUGAAACAAAAAGACAUUAGAAAUGAGAUCACGUUAUUUUUUUUUUUUUUUUGAAAAUGCAUUUACUAAUUUCUAAAUGUCACGUUCGCAUAUUGUUUAAAUUUCACGGUAAAAAAGGAAGAGCGGGAUCUAUUUUCAGAUUUUACCGAACAUUUCUAACAAUAAAGCCACAUUCAGAACUUCAAACUGAAAAUUUUUUAUAAGCCAAACUUUUAGAAAUUGUUAAUUUAAUCUAUUUCAAAUUUUGUUGUUUUAUUUCAAGCCAAAUUUUAGACAAGAGCGACAAAGUUCAAAUAUUUUUUAGACUUAUAAUUGUCAAAAAAGUUUUUCCUAAUCAAUUUUACAAAUAUAAGUUCACAAGUUCUGUUUUUCAGAAGAUCAAAAUUGUUUGUUGGAAUUGCUCCAAAUAUUCAUCGUCUUUCUUGUCUUCUCGAAUAUAGCGAAUCAAAUUCUCUAACUGAUCCAGUUCCUCCACCAAAAGGACGUGCAAGAUAUCGAAGGGAAGAUCAUGUAACAAGAGGAAGUGACAAUUCAUUCCUCGGUGGACUUUUGCAUUCUUUAUAUCCCGGUUAUAAUCCAGUGAGUUUUACACCUUAACUAUCACUGUUUUUUACAAACUAAAACAUAUAUUUAAGGAAGAAAAUUUGGAAGAAGCUGUAAAUCGAAAUUUGCAUGAUAUUCUCGGAAGAAUACGUAAUGUUCUUCAGCCAGAUGUUCCAGAACAAGUUGUAAUUGAUCCAGAGGAAUUAAUUAGACAAAUUCGAGAAGAAGAAGAACAAGGAAGAAAUGGGGAACAACCAGGUGAACAAUAG